AGCGUUGUGUGCGCCACUUUAGCUCUGAGCUAACAGCUAUACAAAUCUAAAAACAGAAACGGCAGUUCUGUAUUUUUAAAUCGUUUAAUUUUUUGAAACACAUCUGCCCAACAGACAACACCGGGACAAUGAGUUUACUGGCUAAAAUCGCCGAAAUUGAGAACGAGAUGGCUCGUACUCAGAGGAACAAGGCCACAGCGCAUCAUUUGGGGCUGCUGAAGGCUCGACUUGCAAAACUCCGGAGAGAGCUCAUCACUCCUAAAGGAGGUGGCGGUGGAGGCCCUGGAGAAGGCUUUGAUGUCGCGAAGACAGGAGACGCACGUAUUGGCUUCGUGGGUUUCCCAUCUGUGGGCAAGUCGACUCUGCUGAGUAACCUGGCUGGAGUGUACUCCGAAGUGGCUGCCUACGAGUUUACCACGCUGACUACAGUGCCGGGGGUCAUCCGUUACAAAGGAGCCAAAAUCCAGCUCCUGGAUCUUCCAGGUAUCAUUGAGGGCGCUAAGGACGGUAAAGGUCGAGGGCGACAGGUUAUAGCAGUGGCUCGUACCUGCAACCUGAUCCUGAUCGUACUGGACGUGCUGAAACCUUUGGGCCACAAGAAGCUGAUCGAGCACGAGCUGGAGGGCUUCGGCAUCCGGCUUAACAAAAAGCCGCCCAACAUCGGGUUCAAGAAGAAGGACAAGGGAGGCAUCAACUUUACAACUACAUGCGCACAGAGCGAACUGGAUGGUGAAACAGUGAAGAGCAUCCUGGCCGAAUAUAAGAUCCACAACGCUGAUAUCACCCUGAGGAGUGACAGCACAGCGGACGACCUUAUAGACGUGGUGGAGGGGAACAGAGUUUACAUCCCCUGCAUUUACGUCCUGAACAAAAUCGACCAGAUCUCCAUUGAAGAGCUGGACAUCAUCUACAAGGUCCCUCACUGUGUGCCCAUCUCCGCUCACCACCGCUGGAACUUUGACGACCUUCUGGAGAAGAUCUGGGACUACCUGCAGCUCGUCCGCAUCUACACUAAGCCGAAGGGGCAACUUCCCGACUACACGUCCCCCGUGGUUCUUCCCGACGACCGAACAGCAGUCGAAGACUUCUGCCUAAAGAUCCAUAAAAACCUCAUCAAGGAGUUCAAGUAUGCGCUGGUGUGGGGCUCCUCGGUCAAACACAACCCACAGAAGGUGGGCAAGGAUCACGUGAUGGAGGACGAGGACGUCAUUCAGCUGGUCAAGAAGUAAAAAGACUCUGUGAUCGUUUGCAUGAUACGGCGAGUCCCGAGACGUCUACGAAAAAACCCAAAAGACGAUAAUCACGACUUCAACCUCGUCCGGGGAGCGAGGCAGCGUCAUCGGUCGUCUCUCACUCUGUUCUUUACUUGCUUUGGACACGAACAGAAUAUAUAAGAAGUGUUAAUGUUGCGUUUCUCCUUUAUGACGUGAAUACGCUGCAGCCAAAUUGGUUGAAUGUUGUUAAAUAAAAGGACCCAACUGUAUCUAUAGGUUUAAAUAAAGUCUGAAUAAAACCUGAAA